UACCGUAACGUUGCUCUCUCCCGUCCCUCUGCUGUCUCUGCUGUCCUCACUCGCCCCAGCUGCUUCCUGCCCAUUCCACGUAUACCUCUAAUAUUAAGCAAUAAUGGGCCGCGUUCUCCUCAAAGUCAUCAUUCUGGGUGACAGUGGGGUCGGUAAGACGUCACUCAUGAACCAGUAUGUGAACAAGCGGUUUAGCAACCAGUAUAAGGCUACUAUCGGCGCAGACUUCCUAACAAAGGAGGUGAUGGUCGACGACCGACUAGUAACAAUGCAGUUGUGGGAUACCGCAGGACAAGAGCGUUUCCAGUCACUCGGUGUCGCAUUCUACCGAGGCGCAGACUGCUGUGUACUCGUGUAUGACGUGAACAGCUCCAAGUCUUUCGAGACGCUCGACAGCUGGCGGGAUGAGUUCCUCAUUCAGGCGAGCCCUCAUGACCCAGAGAACUUCCCCUUUGUCGUGCUUGGGAAUAAGAUUGAUGUGGAGGAGAACAAGCGCCAGGUGACGCAAAAGCGUGCAAUGACGUGGUGCCAGUCAAAGGGCAAUAUCCCUUAUUUCGAGACGUCGGCAAAGGAGGCUAUCAACGUCGAGCAGGCCUUCCAGACUGUGGCGAAGAAUGCCUUACAGCAGGAGGCUGAGGUUGAGUUGUAUGCCGACUACCCUGACCCAAUCAAGAUCGACUCGGAGACAUCGCAGAACUACGGAUGCAACUGCUGAUUCUCUAUACCAUUUUGAUAGUCGCUGUUGUCGUCUUCGUACAUCUUGUCUCUCUUUAUCAAGCGAACUCGCCUUGUUCACGCCGUAUACACACUGUUACGUCCCACGUUGUUUAUAUCGUCACGUCCUUCACCCACUUUCCACGUCAUUUUUCCACAUUUCGUCCUGUGCCCAUGCUUUAUAAUUACGAGUUGCAUUAAGUUACUCAUGACGUUUGUGCUCUCAUUAUAUUCAGUUAGCGUACAUGCUGUUGAGAGAGUACAGAUAUGUUAAAUAGCCAGUCAGCAACGCA